AUGGAGCUCAACGCGCGACUUGACCAGAGCCUGGACGAAAUCAUCAGGGAGACGCGUAAGCAGACCAAGAAGGGCUCUAGUGCGCCGAAGGCAACAAAGAGUGCAAAGAAGACAGCCGCAGCAAAGAAGGUCGCUGCUGCAGUGACAAAGGCGGCAGCGCUUACGACCAAGGGCAAGGCAGGACGGCGUAAGAAGAACAGCUCGUCCACCGGAGUGGCAGCCCAGGCAGCGCUGAAGCAAGGUCUGAGCGGGUCAAUGGCAGGGCGGCUGGGCAACCCCGCUGGGUCCAAGACAGCCAAGGGUGUGGCUGGUCGCGUCGGCAAGGCCAAGGGUGUGGCUACAAAGAAGCUCGAGACCGGGGGCCGCUUGGCGGGCAUAGCCGAAAAGCAUCGGGCUAAGAAGCGUGGAGUUUCAUCUGCUGCUGCCGUCGCCGCCGCUGCCGCCGCUGCUGCAACAACCCGGCGCUCAAACGUGAACAUUGCGAUCAAGGGAGAAGCGGGGCCAUCGACGAUCUUCAUUACAAACCUUGAUACAGAGGCGUCGGCAGAGGACGUGAAGACGUGCUUCAAGCAGUUUGGCACUAUCAAAAACUGCACAUUGCUGUAUGACCGCAAUGGCAAGGCCUCGGGGCACGCCGAGAUCGUGUACGCGGCCAAGGCAGCGGCGCUGCAGGCCGUGGCAAAGCUCAACAACGUGUUAGCUGAUGGACGUCGGCUUUCGGUGCAGAUCAAGCCGGGCACUGAAUCAGUUUCUAGUGCGCCAGGUCAGCCAGCAGCAGCAGUGCCUGGCACGCGUAGCGGGAAGAGCCGUCGGGGGAAGAGCCGGUCGGUUGGUGGAAUGAGAAUGGAUGUCGACUAAGUUUUUCAAUCUGCAAUAAAGCAGUUGUCCGGCUUUCAAUACUGACGUUGUCAAGAAUGCUCAAGAGCACACUGGUCCUG